AUGUAUAAUAUUCCCUUCCUUGCUACAGGUGCUCGUCACGGGUAUACAACAACCCUGGGAGAGCUACAUAAUGGCCUCGCGAUAGAUCUCAGUCAUUUUAAAGAAUUCGAACUAGACGCGGAUGCAAAAACUUUGACUGUCGGCCCUGGCGUCACAGUUGGCGAAAUAUUCGACCCGCUGUUCAGUGCUGGGUUUGAAAUCCAGACCGGCAGCGCCCCUUGUCCCAGUUUCAUCGGCGUCACACUUGGCGGCGGUGUUGGUCGCUUACAAGGCGUCUACGGCUUACUCUCUGAUGCGCUCAUUUCGGUUCGUCUCAUCACUGCCAACGGCGAGGUUUUAGAGGUUUCAAGAAAUAGAUACCCCGAUUUAUUCUGGGCGAUUCGUGGUGCGGGCGCAAACUUUGGCGUUGUAACCUCUGCCACUUACAACGUUCAUCCACUGACAAACAACGGCGACAUGUUUGUUGCGGAAUUUAUCGUUCCACCUCGGAGGUGCUCGGAGUACCUCCGAAAGAUGGAAUCUAUGUCACCGCUACCCGCUGAGUUAUCUUCUCUGUUGUUGAACAGUUUUAACACGACCACGAACCAGACUCAAUUGUAUGCGCACUGGGCUUACAAGGGCACUGAAACUGAUGCCCGUAAACAUUUAUCACCAAUCUUGAACAUGAACCUCACAGCAACUCAAAUGAGGGUACUGCCUUGGAACAGACUCGUAGAGAACACUUUCGCUGGAGCUGCCGUCACUUCGCGCAGUUCCUCUCUUCUUUAUGAAUUCUUUCCAAAUCAAGCUAUGGCUGCCAUUCCCUUGGACGAAACUGCGUUUCCGCGGAGGGAUACAACGGCAUACAUAAAUCUCAUCUUGACUUCGAGCAUUCAUAGCAGUGACAUAGACAAUGCUCUGGCAAGGUUUGGUGAAGAGAUUCGACGUGAUGUGGCCGCAACGUCAGGCUAUCCAGAAAUCACAACGUUCGUCAAUUAUGCCCACGGUGACGAGACACUGGAUCAAAUCUAUGGCAAGAAUAAACUGGCACGCUUAGCAGCGCUGAAGAAGAUAUGGGAUCCUAAGGAAGUCUUCAGCUUCAACAAUGGCUUGCCUACUAGGUAUCCUUGA